UCUAAAUUUUCUUCCUCAUUGUUGAAGUCUGCAACGAAGUUUAGAGUGUUAAUGUUGAAGCUGAAGAAGCCGAAAUCAAAUGCAGCAACAAAAACUGGAAAAUUAUCUGAAGGUGAUGGUGAUGGCGAUGAUGGCUCUGUUUCAGCUACUCCAAAACCACUACGGAUUAAAGUAACAGAGGAUGAAAAAGAGGAGCGUCAUAAUCGAACGCAGAGCAAGUUUUUAACAGUGAAGUUUAAGGUUGAAGAAGUUCCUAUUAAGUCACUGUUUACCAGAGAUAACAGCUCUAAAGCUAACAACAGCAGCAGCAAUACACAGAAGCGGAAUCCGGAGGAAGCAUUAUCAACAAAUGCAGCCAUUUCUUCUUCCGAUGAGAAGAAAUUUUCAAAAGAUGUGAUGCAGAAAUACUUAAAAAAAGUAAAACCUCUGUACAUUCGCGUCUCGAAACGUUACGGCGAGAAGCUCAAAUUCUCCGGACAGUUAAGUUUUACAGGAAAUGCUGCACUUAAGCCCGGACCUUCACCCCCUCCGUCCGCUACCGCGAAGGCAGAACCGGCAUCGUACGCACCACAGACAGCAGAGAAGAACCAGAAGCAGGGGAAUAUUCCGUCAGGACUGCGAAUAGUUCGUAAACAUUUGGGGAAAAGCAGAUCGGCUUCAUCGGCGGUUAUCGCCGCAUCGCCGGUAGCAUCUAAUCGUCGAGACGACUCGUUGUUGCAGCAACAAGACGCAAUUCAAGGCGCCAUUUUACAUUGCAAGAGGUCAUUCAAUUCAUCCAGAGAUUCAGAAUCAUCCAUUUUAUCACGAUCAGCAAGCGACGCUUCACAUGAAAAAUUAACGCACUUAACAACAGAUUCAUCUGCAUUAGAGGAAGCCAUCGCGGUGAGAAAAUUAGAAAUUUAAUUAAAAUUAAGAUUUUCUGCUUAAAAUCGUUAAUUAUUACUAUUAUUAGUAGUUAAGUUUUUGUUUUCCCUCGAUUAUAGAGAAUUCAACGAUCAUGACAAAGUAAUGAGUGGUCAAUUAUCUGUUUUCUCUCGUGCUUUGCUCUUUGUAAAUUAUUAAUUAGCACUUUAAUAUUAUAGAAUUAUACUAUUAGUUGUACUUAUUGUUA